UAUAAUGAGUAUGAUUCAGAUGAUACGGAGUAGCCUAAUAGUACAUAAUGACAUUAAACAACUUUCAUAUUAGAAAUUCUAAAAAAAUAUUUUAGACAAAAAUUGUUUGCAUAUAAAAAAAAAAGUUGUUUUUAAGAAAUCCAUUUUCAACAUGGCGGAAAAGGUAUUGUACUAUGUCAUUCUCGAUUCUGGUGAUGUUUAUUUAUAUAUAAUUUUGUUUUGUUUUUAAAUUCCAAUUUCAUAAUAUAGCUUAUACAUUACUUGGCCUACCCAUUACUUUAAUAUAAAGCACCAAGGAAUCAAAUUGAUGAGCUUUCGUCAAAUCUUUGCGACAACAAUCAAUACAAUAAUGUAAAUGAUCUAAAUGACUAAUUACUAAUUACUAAUUGUCAUGAAAAUGAUAGUUCAGUCAGUCAGUUCAGUAGUCAUAGUACUGAGGACAGGAGUGAGUAGUAGUAGGGUAGUCAGUAGUAGUGGUAGUAGAAGUCGUCAAGUCGUAGUAGUCUUAUUAGUAGUAGUAGUUAGUUUUUUAGUAGUGAACUGAAUGUGAAAAGUAAAAAAAAAGUGAUGAUGAUAUUAUGCUUAUAACUUAUAACUUAUACUCAAACACUAACACUGAUUUACUGAUACUUACUCUUAGUGAUAGUGAUAUCUAAUAGUGAUAGUGAUACUGGAAAGUAAGUAGUAAAAUAGGCCCUAUCCCUAUUUAUAUAUUUUUAAAAAAUAAGAGUAUGGGGGGGGGGGGGGCGACGAAGGCAAGCUUACUUAGACUUAGUCUUUGACUAGGUAUCGACCGGAAAUACCCGAAAAAGGGGUGUUGUAUUUUCGUUGUCAUCAUGGCCACCGUGCUUGUCUGCUUAUUUCCAAUUAUUGAUAGCAGCCGUGGGGUAAUUAAUAAUUCAUUAAGUUGGUUAUCCAGAGUGUAAAUGGGAAAUAUGAAUAUAAAUAAAAAAUGUUUUAUAACAUAAAUAAUUAUUAUUGGCUUAUUUGAAUAUCAGUGAUUUUAAUUUUUGGGUCUGUUGCCAUAGACCUGGCUGACACUGACAUGGCCGACAUGGGAUUGAUAAGCCAUGUCUUUGACUUAGAUAUGCUUAGUAAAAGUAUUAUGAUAGUAAUUAUACUAUUAUUAAUGAUUUAAGUGGGAUAAAUAGCUUUUAUUACAACUAAUAUUUGUCAUUUUUAUUAGUUUAUAUAUUUAUAGAUAAAUAUUUAUUUGUAUAUGUAUAUAUAUAUAUAUAUAUAUAUAUAUAUAUAUAUAAUGACCAUAGGCUAUAGGCGUUGUAUACAUAUAGUAUAAUACAAAGUAUACUACAUCAGGGUUAAGGCCUAGACCCAACCCAACUUACUUGUAGGGUUUUUAUAAUAAAUUAUAUUUAAUGAUAUUUUAGGAUAUGUAAUAAAAUUUUAAUGAAUAUUGUGAUUCUUACUUAAGGCAUAAACUAAGUAAAAAAUUUUAAAAUAUUCACACCUUUGGUAUUGAAAUAUCCUGUAUUAAAAUCACAUAUCACAAUAUUCCACAAGAGAAUUAUUAUAUAAUCCUCAGUUUCUCAAAGAAAAAACGCACUUUCUGGCACAACAAUCCCAGAAUUACUUAAGAUAUUUUACUAAAGAACAAUCAUAAAAACCUGUAACUGACUAGAACUUAUUUUAUGUUCUAUUAACUGCUAAAGUCAAAGUUGAUUCUAAUAAUACAUGUUGAUUUGUAUAACAAGAUUACAAACUUAAAAUAAAUGACAUGCUGAUUAUUUUGUCAUACUUAUAUAGGAAUAAUAGAAUAUAUGAUAUACGGUACAUAUGUAGAAAAUCGUAAAAUAAAAAGUGUAAUUGUCAAUUUUAAAUAAAUAAAACAAAUAAUCCCUUUAUUAUUUGUUUAUGCUUAUAAAUGCUAAACAAUUCCACAGAAAAUCUGCAAUUAAUAUCUAAAGAAUAUUAUGAUUAUUUUUGGGCAAUUAAAAACAAAAUUAAAACAACAUUUUAAUUAAUUAAUUACUCUUAUUUAACUAUGUUCCCUGUAAAUAUUAUAUUUUUGUCUCAUUUUAUAAUAAAGUUAUAGGCGUUAAAAAAAAAAAAGCAAAAUGAGGGUCACAAAAUGUGGAGGAAAAUCCCAAAGUAAAAAAGUGGUUUUGAGUUCCCUACUAAAAAAAUCAUAACUUUUGAACCACUUCAGCUAGAAAGUUGAUCUUGGUGUUUUUGUAAUCUAUUCUCCAGGCUCUAUACAGCUGUAGUAUUUUUAUAUUUUUAAAAAUGUUUUGAAAUUUUCAUCAAAGUGGCUGCUUUGACUUUCAGCAAUAUCCGAUCUGGUGAUCAAUAACCAUGACUGCUAUUAUUAAUUAUUAUAAUUAAUAUAAUUUUGAGUAUGACAUGAGAUUUUCAUUUAGUAUGAUACAUGAUCAUAUCCAAUUAAUAAUUAAAGUUUAUUUUAAGGCUGCGGCUAUUCGGAACCAGUAUCAGAAGUGACUGGUUGGGUUUAUUAAAAAAUAUUAUUGCAUAGUAUGGUUAUAACGACAAAAUUUGGUAUCAAAAGAAAGAUACUUUAAUGGACUAUAUUCAGUUUAAGUUUAACUAAAAUAAACUACCACAAAUGACAUCUGAAUAGCAUUUAGUCUAAAGGGACCUGGGUCCGAAUAGUGGCGAUGCAUGUCCGGAUCCAUUUUGACUAAAUGCUAGUCGGAAGUCAUUUGUGGCAGUGUAUUAAACUGAAAAAUUUCAUUUGAUGCCAAAUGUUAUCUUACAAACCCAGCAAUAAUAUUUUUAACAUUUUUAAAUCCCAACCUCUCACUUCUGGUAAUUUUCCGAAUAGCCACUUCGUUAAAGUAACGUUAGGCAUUGAUUGAACUAAUAUUUAUUAUCAGGCCUACACUGACUGAAAAAUACUGACAGUGAUGUGGUUUACUAACUUAGCCAACCCAAAAGUUACUGAACUUACUCUGUUUCUUUAGGCUAAGGCCUGCCUUAUUGGCUUGGAAUAUGUACUUAGUUACUUAACCUUAGCGGUAAGGCCACUGGCCAGUGAUGACUUCCACAGUGUAUAGGUCAUGGUAGUUCAUUUUUUAAUUUUUGUCUUGAAAGUGGGGAGAGAUCUCCCCACCCCAGAAAAUUAUAUUGAAAUGUUCAGUGAAAUGGCAACAUGUUAGAGAUUAAUAUAAUGCAGGUAAUUCUUUUUCUAACCAAUAUCUUAAGACUGUACAUUUAGCAAUGUGUACAUCUUUUUUAAAAAUCUGUGUUCAUCUUGGGAUAUCAACAAGGAUAAGGUUCUUUUUAAAAUUUCUUUUGAACUUUAUAUGUUUUUAAUUUUGAAAAAGGAAUAGAACGUUAUAUUUCAUAUCAAGUUUAUCAAUCAAUCAUCAGAGUUAGUUAAUGACACAAAUAAUGCUCUGUGACGAAUGGGAAAGUUAUCAUUCGGGUCUUUUCACCUAAGUCCAGUGUUGGGAUUCCCCAAAGUAAAAAAAAAAAAAAGUGACAUCACUGCACUUAGGGUGAGGCAACUCUUGGCAAAACCCAUACUGCUAAGUAUAUCCUUACCAGCCUAAUUGUUUGAAUAUUGAUAUUGCAUGUAGUAAGAUUCAUUGAGUGAGUAGCCCUUAAUCCAUAGUAAUUUUAUAGACUGGAGUUUUUAAUCAGCAAUGUAGUAUAACUUUUCCAGAUUAUGGGAUAAUGAAUUUAUCCUUAGCAUUUAGUUAUCGCAUGAGUGCCAACAAAGUUUAUGUCUGAUUUUAAUCAGUAACUGACGAAGUGUUAAUGAUUAUUAAUAUAAGGGGAAAUAUAUAUUAACGAUCUUAUGCAUAGACUAUUCAUAGAUUUUGAUCUUCCAUCAAGCACCUCCCAAGGUGGAGAAUAGGGUAAAGCCAACCAGCUAUGGCUAUAGCUGGGAAAUAAAAUAACUGGGGCCAACCAAAAUUAGAUCCUACUGUCUUGUAGGAAGUUGAGGGAUCCACAAAGGCUAGUGAACCUAACCCAAAAAUGAAGGCAGCUACCUAGAGAGCUGCAAUGGGCAGCCCCCUAGAUGGUUGUGCACAGGGCUAACAACCCAGCCAUGUAAAAAAAAAAAAAUGUUACAAAAGCCAAACAACAAAACAAAACCCAGACUGAUACUAAUGGAAAUUGACUUAUGCCUGGAUAUGGACAUGAUUUUUGGAUUGCGACUUGGUAAGUACAAUGCCUAUGUAAAGCAGUAGCAAAUCUAGAAAUUCAAUGGAAAAAUGCAGACAUCCUCAAGACUACACCAUAUUUUCUAUUGGCAACAACACUAACUCAAUAGAAUAGGAUUUGCCCUGCAGAAAGAAGCCGUCAGUGCAGUCAGGGGUUUUAAAGCAGAGGAUGAAAAAUUGUGCUCUUUGCGCGUGCGAGGAAAAAUGUUUAAUAUAACAUUUAUAAAUGUUCAUUCUCCCAAAGAAAAUCCUUUUAAGAGACGCUGGAAAAGAUCUAUGAUGAGGCACCACAACUUGAUAUUAAAAUAGUGAUAGGCGACUUAAAUUCCAGAAUAUGGAAAGAAAAAGUGUUUAUGUCAACUAUUGGCAAGAAGAGUCUCCAUGAAGAAUCUAAUGACAAUGGGAUCUGACUCAUAGACUUUGCUUCAAGAAAAGGGAUGACAACAGCAAAAGGUUUCCACACAAAAAUAUACAUAAAGUUACUUGGAAAUUACCAGUUGGAACCACUCAUAACCAAUUGACCAUGUUCUGAACAAUCAGAGGCAUGGAUCAGACAUACUAGACGUAAGAAGCUAUCAAGGAACAGAUGCAGACUCUGACCAUCUACUUGUAAGGGUUAAAUAUAACUAUUCACUACCUCCCUAGAUGGUCCAGGAGUGCUGGCAAUUAACCCAUCCAUACCCCCCUCAUUUCCGGUCAAUUAGGAACUUCCGUCGUCCACACCAAAAUUAUCAUGUGAAAAGGGUUAAAUAUAAACAGAGAAUAAGCAUAAUACACAAUGGCAGAAAUCAAAGAGAAAAGCUUGCCAAAAGGAAGUAGAAGCAUCACAGUAUGAAAUAAACAGGGAAAACAACAUAAAUGAAGUGGGAUAGGAUAAAAUAUGCUAUGAAAAAAUCAGCAGAAAAAGUAGUAGGAUUUCAGGAAAGUAACAGUUGAGUAGGCUGGUUUGGUAAUGAAUGCAGAUAGACUGUCCAAGAAAGGAACAACACAUGAAUGACCAUGAUACAAAGGGAAACCAGAAAUUAUGGAAAAAAAUAUAUAAUGAAGCUAGAUGUAAAGCCAUGAAAUGUGAAGGAAGAAAAAAAGAGAAUGGGAAAAAGCUAAACUAAAAGAAAUAGAAGAUUUAUUAUGAGAGGGAAAUAUUAGAGGAAUGUAUAUAAAUAUAAAAGACAAAAACAACAGAUACCAAGCCAGACCAAAAGUGAGAGCAAUGAUGGAGAAUUAAUUAUUGAAAAUAGUAAAGUACUGAGGAGGGGGGCUGAAGAUUUUGAGGGAAUACUAAAUGCAGACUAAGGACAAGAUGAAGAUUAUGAACCACCACAUGGAGGACUAGACCCUUUAAUAACUUCACAAAGUCUUUGGAAGAAACUGCAGAAGUAAUCAAUUCUAUGAAAAACCACAAAGCUCCUCGAUAAGACCUCACCAUAGCAGAACUUAUUAAAUUUGGAGAACUACACACUCAGAAACAUAAACUUAAAACUAAUAUUUUUCAAGAAGAGAAAAUUCCAACACAAUGGGAAACAACAGUAAUACCUGUAACCCCUAUACAUACAAAAGGUUCCAAACUUCAAUGCACAAGGAAUACACUUGAAUGCACAAGGAAUACACUUCAAUACAGAGGAAUUAACUAAAUGUUACAUACAAAAUACUGACAAAAGCAAUUGCCAAAAGACUACAACUGCACAAAUAACAAUGUGGUUUCAGACAAAACAGAUCAACAACUGAUCAGAUUUUCACCAUUAGAUGCCUAUUACACUUAAAGAAAUGUUAUGACUAUAAUAUCCUAUGACAGGGGUGAGCAAACUACGGCCCGGCAACUGAUAUUAUGCGGCCCUCGAAGGCAUUUAGAAAUAUAUAAAAAAAUUACUUUGUUUUUUAAGUUUUUUUGUGUGUAUUUUUACAGAAUUUCAUGUAUCAUUAUGAUUGUUUUACCAUUUUUUGAUCAACUUUCUUUCUAAUUUUAUAUUUUUUUAAACAGUCCUGACUUUUGUCAUGUUUUACUAAAUGCAAAUUUACCGAUUUUAUAAUAGAGAAAUGUUUAUUGACGUGUAAAAAUUUGACAUAAUGGACAUGCUGCCCCCCAUAGCUUUACAUUUGUCAAUGUGGCCCUCCGCACAAAAAGUUUGCCCACCCCUGUCCUAGGACAUCAACUCUGUGUGGACCAUAAAAUGGCCUAUAACAGCAUUAAAAGGAAAUAUCUGUAUGAGACUCUGCAGGAGUUUGGCUUACCCAACAAACUGACAAGACUGAUACAUAUACAGUCCUGUUUAUCCCUACGCUUUCACCAUAGUAACUACAUUUUUAAGCCUAAGACUACAUCGCUACAAUGUGCCUAAAAAUAACUACGGUUUUAGGAGUUUUUUCAUUUGUUUGGUUUAUUUUUAAUAAAAAAUAAAUAAUUGGGGUUUUUGAGUAAAAAGUUACAGCACUUUUUGUGUUAAAACCAUAAGCAAUUGAAUAAGAAUUAAAUCCUUUAACAAAUUGGAGAACCAUAACUUAUAUAUCUUUUUGUUGACUUACAUAAGCAGCUGAGUGGAUUUCCUGACACAACUUUCAUUUUGAUUGUGCACCCACCCCUUACCAAACUAUUCUUUGGAGCUUGAAACUAUGUUUUUGAGAGCUGAAAACUACUCUGACACUAACCCAUUGGUAAACGUCUGCAUUUAACAUUAAACGAGGCCCAAGGAAGACAGCGAAAAAGAUGGGAAGAAAACAUCAAAGAGUGGACGGGACUAAAACUAGGCAAUGCUGUGCGAAGUACAGAAGUCAGAGACAAAUGGAGGAUAGUUCACAUGUCAUCUGUGGCGCUCCAAGGGCUAAGGGACAUGAGGAUGAGGAUGAUGAAGGAGACUCACUGUCAUGUUUGUUUUUUAACCUAAACUUAGUGAGGGUUAUAAGAAACAUUUAUAUUGACACCCAAGGAACAAUCACAGGAUACUUUCUGAAGGAAACCCAAGACCCCUAACCAAUUGGCACUCUCAGCAACCAACCCCUUCAGUAUCUUUCAUAUAAUUAUGACACAUCACUGUUAGGGAAAAGAAGUAAAGAUAAAUCAAAAGCGAAAGCUUUUAUUAAAUAGAGGACACAUCACUACAUGCAGGGCUGUAGGUUAACUACCAAAAAACAAAAUUACAUGAAUAUUUUAAGAGCAGAACAGUACAGGUGAACAAUUAAAAUGAGAAACCACACUUUUGAAAAAGUAAGUCAUUCAAAUAUCUUGGAUCCUUUAUAAAUAAAAUAAAUUAAUUACCAACAAAUUAAAAAAAGAAAAAGAAUAUUGGCGGAAACGGGGCAUACUUCGGUCAUUAUAAAAUACUCAAAAGUAAAAACAUUGCAAGAAAAUCUAAGAAACAAAGAAAACUAAGAAAUCAAGAGAAUCAGACUAGUUGUAACAUACGCAGGUCGAUCCCGGUUUCCGGUUGGCAAGUCUGUUAUGGCUUGUCGAUUAGGAAGUGUCGGCCACCGACCCCCUCGGCGUGCCCCGGGAAACAGAACUACUGGGCACGCCUCGCGUGGGCAGACAAAGGGUGUGCUCGGUACCUGCCGUACAUAAAACAGCUCCCACAGGGCUGCCAGUUAUGAUAUUUCACAGCCUGAAAAUUAGGCAGAGCCAGGCAGGGAUCAUGAUUACAAGUUGCCGGUGACGGGUAUGAGGCUAGAGGCGAGGGUGGUAACCUCUGGCCGAGGAUUCAAACAAUGCAGCCCUGAGAAAGCUGCCCCAGGCAACCGUUUCGUCCCAGCUACAGCGCGAGCUAGUUGCGUUGUGGAAACCCACUGUGGAAUCCCUCUUAUAGGGCGUCCGACGCUUUCCCGGGAUGGGUGGGGGAAGAUAUUAGGACGUAAAUUUUCCAUCCCAACUCCAUAAAAAAGUCGAUCGUGUGCACUGUUUAGACGCAUAGUGUCGGACCGACAAGGUGCCUACUGGUUGGGGCGGCCCCUAGGCGGGGCCCUGGUCGAGCGCCCAGGCGGGGGACCUGGGUGAGGGGCCCAGAUGGGGGCCGUCCUGACGAGUGGGCAUCCCCGACGUGCCGCUCUGCGGCCCGAUGCGUCGGGGAGGGUUGAUUGGGGGGGGGGGCAUAAAGAGUGCAAACUUGCCCCGCUGACGCCAUUUCUUGAUGUAAUAACAUACGCAGGUGAAACUCGGACCCUAACAAAAAUGACAAAACACCUAUUAAAUACAUGGGAGAGAAAAGUUCUCCAGAAAAUAUACGAACCAAAAAAAAAUGGAGAGUACAGACCAACCAGGAAUUGUUUAGACUAUAUCCGGAUCCCACUGUAGUAGCAGAAAUAAAAAAGGCAGGCUACGUUAGGUGGGAUACUUGCAUAAAGAAUGUCAAAUGACAGAGGAGUGAAAAGGGUGCUCCACCAAAAGCCCAGUGGAAAACGGCUCAAUGGCAGACCAAAGCUUAGAUGGAUGGACGAUGUGGAGAGAGAUCUACAGCAGCUGGAAAUCCAAGUAUGGAAAAAGAAUCAGUUAGGUCUGAGUGGAAAGAAAUGCAGGUCAAAACCCCACUUGGACUGCAGCGCCAAAGGAAUGGAUGGAUAUAUUCAUGACGGAGUUGUUAAUGAUUGUUAAUAAGUGGUUGUAGAUGUUCACGAUAGAAACCAUAAUAUAUAUGGACAGUUGUGGUUUAUUGAAUACAAUAUGUAUUGUUAAAUAGAGUUGUUUUAAAUAUUAUUUUCCAUCAUGGUCAUGGAAUGUUGUGGUAGAUCAUGUCAUAGCUUACUGUUGAUUGUGUAGAUGAGCCAAUCUUAAAGCAUGUUGAAUGUUAAAAGAAUGAUUAGCCUAAUUAUUUUACUAUUAGCAUACAUUUCAAUAUUCACAAUUUAGGCCAGCCACAAGAAUAAAUUAAUUUUCAUCAAUCAUAAUUUAUUUAACAAAAUCUUAUCAUUUGGUAAUUGUUAAAACACUAACCGGAAUACUGGACCACACAGUGCGCUAAGUCUGAAUUCAAGUUUAACAUUUUUUUAUUAGUGUUACAUAAAUUAUUCUUUUAAUCUAUGUGAUAUAGUUGUUACCAUACUGUAGGAAAUAGAAUUGGGGUUUUGGAAAUAUAAGGCUAGCAAAUUUACAAGCGCUUAAGAGUCUCAAAACAAAUUUUAUAUGAAUUUUUUAAUUCUAAAAAUAAAUUAUCAUUAUCUAAAGAAAAUGAGAUUACUGGUUAACCUCGUUACCUAUCUUCAAUUCAACGCUUUCUCACUACCCUUUAGAAAUUGCUGCACAUAGUUAAGUGAAGUACCAAACUGUUAACAGAGUUGUCUGUAUUGUGGAAAAGGAUCAGAAAUUGAACAUUUUAACUAAACCAAUCUUUUUAAUGUACUUAAAAAAACUAUGUCUAGUCAGGUCGUAAGAUAUUAAUUCUUCUGCCUAUCAGUUGCUGAUGUGGCAGCUGUCUGCAGGGUCAGGUUUCCACACAUACUUAUCUAUUGGUCUAUUCCAGUUUUCAUUAGUUCUAUCACAGUUUAAUUUUCCCCACUGCUGUUCAUUUUAAUGCUAUCAUGGAAAGUUAAUAUAAUGUAGUUUAGGUAGUUUUUUUAAAUUUAUAAAUGAGCAGAUUCUAAGUUAUAAAUAUAUUAUGACUUAAAGACAUUAAUUUUAAUUAUUGCAUGAAAAAGUUCUUAAUGUGUGCAUGUUUCUUCAUGCUCUGACAGACAUUUAACAAGUGUUGUUGCCUUUGCCAGGGUCCCAUAUAAUAUAAAAUGCAUUUCAUAUCUAAGUCACAAUAAAUAUGUUUUUGCUAUUGUCUGAUUUAUGGUAGAAGAUUGGCCUCCUUGAAUAAAAAUUAGCCCCAUCAUCUUAUGGAACACAUGGUAAAUGAUAACUGCCAUAGGGUCAAGAGCAAAGACAGCCAUAAUUAUUUGUAGUUCCAUAUUCUUACCAUGAUUUGUGUUUCAUGUUUUUGGAUGUAAUUAAGGGUUUUUACUGACAAAUAAAGGUAAUAAAAUAAUUACAAUUUUGUGAAAGAUAGAUUCAAAAGAAACAAAUGUUUGAAUUUGUAAUUUUCUAAAUAGUUUGAAGCACAGAAUAAAAAGAAAAAAAAAAUAUUAUAAAAGAAAUGAAACUGUUUCAAAUAAUUAGGACUUAGAAUCAAUAUUUUCAAGAAAUAUAUUAUCUAUGGAAAUAUUUCCUCAAUAAUAAUUAUUAAAGUAACAAUUUUCAUAUAACAGAAAAUGGAAGUUGAUGAAAAUAAUCAUCAAGGGAUAAAACAAUAUUACAUCAGCAAAAUUGAAGAGCUUCAGGUAAGUCUUAUUUAUCUUUUAACUUACAAUUCUAAAUAAAUUUGAUGCUACCAGUACUUUAGAGGACUUAUGAAUAUCCAUAAAAAAAAUUUUUUAAAUAAAGCCCUAAAAUGCUCUGUCCAUGUAUAAUGUGAUCUGAGUUAAUCUUGUUCCAUAACAUGACUUUUUCCUCCAGAUUGUUGAAACAUAAGUUUAUAAAAAAAGUUAACUCAAUAACUUUGUCAAGACAGACAAUAUUUAUUUCAUUGGAUUUAAACAGGAGGAAUCAAUUUUAUUAGUGGUAGCAUAAUUAACUGAUAAAUUUACAUUCAUUGCAACUUAAUUGCUACCGUCACCAAAUUCAUCACCUGAGAUUCACUUUUGACAAAAUUGCUAUUCAACAGUUUAAAAACUCAAAGUUUUAUGAAAAUCAAACUUUUUUUUCAUUUUAAAUUUGUGAUUUAGCCAAGAAGUAUGCAUAUUAUAUUGCAUGCACAGCGAAGGGGAGAGCAUUAAUAUAUUUUUCUUGUUUUAUUAUAUAAAGUGGUAAUGAAAAGAUUAUUUACGUGUGCUUAUACUACAAAUCCUUAAAUUUAAGUUGUAUUUUUUUAACAUUAAUUUUUGCAUUCUAAGCUGUAUUAUAUAUAGUAUUUAUGUGCAAAAUUCUUUAAGUUCAAUUUUUAGUAGCUCUGAGAAUCAAAAUAAAAUUGACACAAAGCUCUUUAAACUAUACCAAGUAUAGCAAGUAAAAUUUCAAAUUUUGAAUUAUUAUUUUAAAAAUUUAAUUGUAUUUUGAGUUUUUGGUGACUUUUUUAUGUGUUAGUUAUGUGGUUUCAAAUUCUCAUCCUGCUGAUUUGUUUCUAUUACAGCUGGUAGUGACAGAAAGAACUCAAAAUUUAAGAAGACUUGAAGCCCAAAGAAAUGAACUUAAUGCAAAAGGUAGUACAGGAUUAACUCUUGUAUAAGUCAAGAAAUGUUUAGUCAUAAACUUCAUUUUAAAACACAGAGUUGACUUAUCCAUGGGUUAGUGCUAGUUUUGAUAGAAUUUUUAAGUCCAUUUAAGCUAAUUGUUGUUGGGCUUCUAACUCCUGGAUAUAGCUAUUCAUGAGACAAGCAACUAAGCAAAACUGUAUCCUUUUUAUUUUACUUAUUUUUUGUUGUGUCCAUCUCCAAGAGACAAUGUAUGUAUUUUUUCUUGGAGCGUCUUGGUAAAAUAUAUAUUAUUUAUUUUUAAGAUACAAUUAUUCUUUUGAUAAUCCAUCAAAAUGUUUGUAAAAAUGAAUAAGCAAGUAUUGCCUCUGUUAAUAAGAAUGGUGACAACUUUUACAAGUACAAAUAAACCCUUGAUUUUUUUUACAUGAGAAAUGGGCUUUAUAGGAUGUUUUGCGCUUCUUUCAAUUUGACCUCCAUACUUGAAUUCUUGUAAAAUAUUAGUAAUUAUUAUUGGUUUAUUUCUUGUUACUUGAAAAUUAACUUAGUUUAAGCCAAAGUCACUUGUAGAACUAGUGCAGUGAGAUUUAUUUUACAUGAUUACAAACAUCACUUGCUUGUUUUUGGCUUAUUUCUAAAAAAAAAACUGUUUUUGCAUAACUAUAAUAAUCAACAUUCAGGUUUACAUUAUUAUUAAGAAAAACUAAUGCAUGACUAAUUGUUUUUCUGUUUAGUUCGAUUGUUGCGAGAGGAACUACAGCUUCUGCAAGAACAGGGCUCCUAUGUUGGUGAAGUUGUGAAGCCAAUGGAUAAAAAGAAAGUUCUUGUAAAGGUAAUUUGAUAAUUUAGUAUUGAUUAUCAUAAAUGAGUUCACCUUUGAUUUUAGAUAUAACCAACAAUGGAAUAAAUCUUUAAUAAGCUGAUCUGUUGACAUAAAGGUAAUCAAGGCCUGAAUACUGUUAAAAAAAUGUUACUUAUAAUUUUUUUUUGAACAUGAAUUUGUUUAUUACUGCUUGAAAAUUUUCUAGUGUUAAGCACCCCGUAUUUGAGAAAUGAUGUUACUUUUACUAAUGGGUCUCUACAAUUAAACAUGGAAUGAGUAAAAAUGUUAAUUCUUCAUACAUUAUUUUUAAAGGUUCACCCAGAAGGAAAGUUUGUUGUGGAUAUUGACAAAAACAUUGACAUGAACCAGGUUACUCCUAACUGUAGAGUGGCUCUUCGUAAUGAUAGCUAUGUUCUCCAUAAAAUUCUACCAAACAAGGCAAGUACUGUAAUUUUUUAAUUAGGUUAGCCAGCACAUUUUCAUUGAGUAAUUACAAGACUUAGACGGGCAAAACUGUUUAAGAUAUUGCAUAGGCUUAGUGCAUUGUUUGCAAUUGCUUGAAAAAUGAGUAAUGUUAAGUUUAUUGAAGAAAAUGAGGUUAAUUAAAACCUCAAGCCUGUAUUAGCCUUAGUGGACACUAAUAGUACUAUAAACAUUUGGUGCCUUAAACAUUGCAACUAAAGGUACAUAACAAUUUUUUUUUUAAUUAUAUCUUUGUAGAUGUUAACAAACAUAAAUUAAGAGUUCCCACUGACCUUUUAAGAUUUUAUUAGUGAAAUGAUGACACAAUGUUCACUUACAGGUUGAUCCUUUAGUGAGUUUAAUGAUGGUGGAAAAGGUUCCAGACUCAACUUAUGAAAUGGUUGGAGGUUUAGAUAAACAAAUAAAGGAAAUCAAGGAGGUCAUUGAACUCCCAGUAAAACAUCCAGAACUGUUUGAAGCUCUUGGAAUUGCCCAGCCAAAGGUGAUUUAAUUUAAAUGGUUUUUUUCCAUCCCAUUUCCCUAUCUGAUGGCAACAAAACAACUGGUACAUCCACAAUUGACCACUCUAAAGUCACAGCUAAGCAACUGAAAUAAUGUGGUGCCAUACAUAGAAUUGCUAGAACAUUGUGAAGUAUCUGUGACCUUUAAUCUAAAUAUGUCUGAAAGAUAAAGUUUUCAAAGACGAGCUUUGCUCUCUUUUCCAACCAAUGCACUUGGGUUUAAAGUAUGCCUGAGCCUAUGUAAAGUUUUUUUUUUAUAAAUUCAACACAUGAUGUUGAAAAAAUGGAAUUGUUUUCUUUCUUUUUUUUUUUCUUACCUCAAAAUAAAAAUGGUUUAAAUCAGAAUUUAUUUUAAAGUUUUGCAUAUAACUUAUAAUAAUUUUUUAUGCAGAGGCAAGUUUAACAUGGUAUGCCACAUAAAUUAAAAUUUGGUACCUUUUAAUUUAUUUAAAAGGAUGUUAAUAAAUCACACCUAAAACCAUGGAGGAGAAAUUAAGUAAAAUUAUUAUUCACAGUUUACAAGUGCAAUUAUGACUAAAUAGAAAUCUAUCUUUUAAGGGUGUAUUGCUGUAUGGCCCCCCAGGAACAGGAAAAACUUUGCUAGCCAGAGCUGUUGCACAUCAUACAGAAUGUACAUUUAUCCGUGUGUCUGGCUCAGAAUUGGUGCAGAAAUUUAUUGGUGAAGGCUCCAGAAUGGUUCGAGAGCUUUUUGUCAUGGCAAGGUUUGUAGUGUUUUUAUUUUAAUGUUUAUUUUUAGCCAUAAAAGUCAAUACCGUUACAGCAGUUUUAAUGACCUUAAAUGAUAUGUAUCCCCUUCAAAACAAUGCACAGUUACAUCGCAACCCCUCUGAAACAUAGGAGCCAGAAUGGUCAAUACAUUGAUAGUGGGCCCUCAAAAUAUAGAAAAAAGAAGAUAUGUUAUAACUUGAUCAAGGGACUUUAAAAACUCAUUGCAAGCAAUGUAUUUAGCAUUAUUAUUUUAAACCUUUUUAAACAGGAGUUCUUAAACUAACUUUGAUUUAUAAAAUGAGCUAGUUUUUCUCUCACAAAAGGUCUCUAAAUUUGAAUAGUUUAUAGAUUGUAACAUAUCUAAUUACCAUCUGUUAAAAGGGAACAUGCCCCAUCAAUCAUCUUUAUGGAUGAAAUUGACUCUAUUGGAUCUUCUCGACUGGAAAGUGGGUCUGGAGGUGAGUUAAAUACAGUAUAGUUUACAUAAUUUUUAAUGGACUAGAAUUAAUUGCGUUUUUUGUCACUCCAUCUAGUUUUAUUAAGGAAUAUCUAUUCUAGUCAACCUUAUAAUAUAGGAUUUUUUAUUAUUUCUUAGUUGGAACUAAACUUUCUUGGUGUUAUUCCAUUUUAUAAGAAUUAGCAAUGCAAAAUAUUCAAUCACUGUUGUUUGACAAAAGUAUACAACUAACUCAUAUUUUUGGAAAAAAAUUGAAAUGCAAUGCAAAUUUUAAAAUAGUUUGAUCACAUUCAGAUGUUUUAAAAAUAAAAUGUGGGAAAGGCACAGUAAUCUAUUAUCUUUCUUCAAUUAAAAUUUCAGGUGACAGUGAAGUGCAAAGAACCAUGUUGGAAUUGCUAAACCAACUCGAUGGAUUUGAACCAAAGCAAAAUAUUAAAGUACUGUAAUUUAUGCUUUUUUAAAGUCAAUUUAUUUUUAAGAUUUACAGAAAAGGAAUUGCUUUCUUUCAGAUUCUGAUAUUGAAAUUCUCUUAAGCUUAGAUACUACUCACUUAUCUGUAAUAAUAAAUAGCGCAAGGUAUAUUUAUAAAUAUAAAAAUCUUCAAUACAAAUCUAAGACUGUAAAAAAUUAAUGAUUAAUGGAUGUCAGCUGAAAAAUAAUUCAGUGAAUAAUAUUCUCCACCUUCCUCCUUUGGUGAAUCUAACUUACAAAUUAUUUUUCUUAUUUAUUUAAUAAUAAUUUUUACAGGUAAUCAUGGCAACAAAUAGAAUAGAUAUUCUGGACUCUGCACUACUUCGACCAGGAAGAAUAGAUAGAAAAAUAGAAUUUCCUCCUCCAAAUGAAGAGGUCAAAUAUUUGAUGUCAAUUUUUACUUAAACUGUGAAUUGACAUAAGUCAUUAAUUUAUUUGUAUUCUUACACCAUUGCUUUUUAUUAAUAGCUCCUGCAUUAAAUUUUGCUAAAUACUCUUAUAUGCUUCAGUAAAGGGUUAUAACUACAUUUUAAAAAGUACGUUUUAGUUGGAAUCCUGAAAUUUGUUAAAGGAAUGUUGUCCCAAAGGAAAUUUGUCAUAAAAUAAAGUAUGAUUUUUUUUAUUUUUUUUUGUAUGUGCAAAAGUAACUGGUAAACUUGCAGAAUAAUAAGGAUUUUUUUCUUGCCAACUUUUUCUGAAAAUAUACAGGCACGUCUUGAUAUUUUGAAAAUUCACUCACGGAAAAUGAAUCUUACUCGAGGCAUCAAUCUUCGUAAAAUAGCUGAGAUGAUGCCUGGGGCAUCUGGUGCAGAGGUUAAGGUAAGUUGAAAUUUAUAAACAUGAUAUUUUAAAUACUGGUAUUUAUUUUUCAAAAUGUUCUUUUAUUUCACAGUUCAUUGUGCUUAAUGCUAUUUAAACAAGAAAAUCUCAACACUUAUAUAUUUUAUUUUUUUUUAAACGGCCAUAAAAUGGUAAUGUAUCUGAAACAGAACAUUUAAAUAAAUCAAAUGAAAUUAAAUUAAUGUAUAUUUUACAACUGUUUUGUCUGAUACAUGGACAGACAUUUAAUUUUAAUUAUGCAAAUUUUCAGGGUGUCUGUACAGAAGCUGGAAUGUAUGCUCUAAGGGAACGCAGAGUCCAUGUGACACAAGAAGACUUUGAGUUAGCUGUAGCAAAGGUAUGUAUAUUUUAUCUGCAAAUCAAACUAUGGAAAUAAUGCUAUAGGAAUACAUUUGAAAGUUGAAAUCCUGUCUGCUAUCAUGUUUUCAAAAAACAAAUAAUAAUAAUAAAGUUUAUUUGAAUAACGCGCUUCAUCCCCAAAAGCUCGAAGCGCGGUACAAAGUCAACCAAAUUAAAAAGAGAAAUAAAAACAAUCUAAAAUUGACCACAUUUAAAAAACAGACGCAACAAUAUAAAACUACAUACGAGCAUACCAAGUCAAAGUCUUUCAUCCCGUUUCAACCAUAAGCAACACAGGCCAAUAUACAUUAACUGAAAAAGAUGGUAGAUAGCAUCACCCCAGAAGGUGUUUGCGAAAUAGAUGUGUUUUCGAAAUAGAUGUGUUUUUAAAUCGGUUUUAAAGGACUCCAGUGUCUGGCUGUUUCUGAGAGCGACUGGAAGGGGGCUCCAAAUUUUUGGGCCGGCAAAUGCAAAAGUGCGCUUUCCGUAAGUCUCAAGGCGAACACACGGUAUCAAUAUUUUGCCACUAUCGAAUGAGCGAAGCUCUCUAGUAGGUACAUAAGGCGUCAUGAGUGCUUUGAGAUAAGAUGGCGCCAGGUCACGUAAGCAGCGGUAGCACAAAGUUGCAAUUUUGUACUCUAUGCGAGCGCGGACCGGCAGCCAGUGCAGCUCUCUCAGAGGAGUUUUAGCAAUGUUCCUAAACCAUGACUCAAUUGUCAAUAAUCUAAACAAUUUUUUACAUAGGAUUUGAUUUGGCCUUGUGAUUUUACUUAAGUAAACAAUUCUAUUUACUGAAAACGUAACAUUUUUAAAAACUUGAUCAACUUAGUUUAAAGGCUACGUACACAUUUUCUAUAUCUAUAUAUAUCAUAUUUUGAUUAUUUGGUGCGCCAUGCCAUUAAUAAUCAAGCAAAUUCAAAUUUAAAACACAUCUAACAUUUGAUUAGUAAUUUUUUUCUAUCUGAUUUCUUUUUAUUUCAGAUCAUGCUAAAGGACUCAGAGAAAAAUAUUUCUAUAAAGAAACAAUGGAAAUAAUAACCAUAAGCUGCCAUGCAGUUGUUUUUUUUUCUACUUUAAAUCAUCGGCUAGAGAAAACAUCUUAAAAUGUUUUUGGUUGGAAUUUAAUUCUUUAAUAUAUUUUUUUUUAGAAAUCAAGGUUUUCAGUUGGAAGAAUCAUUUUGAAAUUAUGAUGAGCAUACAAAACAUAAAGUUGUAAAUGUUAUUUACCAUUUAGACUAUUUUUUUUAAUAAAACCACUGAUACCUAAUCAGGCCAAAGUUUGUGUUAUAAUUUCCUAUUUUGUUUUUCCCAUUUUUAGCAAAUAAAGCAUUCAUUUAAAAUAAAAAUUGUUGUUAUUUGAGUCUUCAUACAAAUUAUUAAGUCAUGAAUUGAGUUAAUUUUAACUGGAGCAAAGAUAUCAG